AUGUCCGAAGGGUAAAAAAAAACAAAGUAUACUGCCACAAGGCGGCUGCUCUUAAAAAGCAAAUUACUGCAGAAGGCCACAUCUAUGCUGGCAGCUGAAAAAGAGCAGAAUAAAAGAGACAGAGAUGAUGCUCUUAUUGAGAGGCUUCCUCCUCUCAAACUAUCUGGUCUUUCUGCUCAGGAGCUCCAGGAACUUUGCAAAGAGCUUUCCCGCAAGAUUGAUGUUGUUGACGAGGUUCGAUAUGAUCUUGAAAUUAAAGUGGAUAAAAAUGAAAAAGAGAUCCAGUCCUUAAACCAGAAGAUUUGGGAAAUGAAGGGUACAACUCAACGAACCAAACUGAAGAGGGUUAAGAAGUCACAUGAUGCCAUGUUUGGUGCGCUGACUGAAUCCAAAAUGUCAUCGAAGGCGGAUUUCAAGGCCAACCUAAAGACAGUAAAGAAAGAAGAAGAAAAGAAAGAAGAGGUGACUGACUGGCGUAAGAAUGUGGAGGCCAUGGCUGGAAUGGAGGGCAGAAAGAAGCUGUUUACUGCUGGACAAUAAAGAAGACUCUGUAACAAGGAAGGAGAGCAACAGAUGCGUGCCAAGGCAGGGAAACACGCAUGGUUUGAAGCAAGAAAAACCAAACCAAAUACAACUUUGAUUUGUUAUGACUAAUAAAGUCAAUCACACACACACACACACAAUGUUUAUAAUGUUCAUAGUUUAAGUGUUUUUUGUAGGUGAGCUUAGCUCUUAGUGUGUCUUUACCAGUUCCUGUCUUUUGCUGCAAUUUGUGGACAUUCUGUACAAAUGUGUUUACAUUUGAAACUAAAUAUGAUACUUUGUGUAUGAUAUGCUAAAUACAUCAUAUAUGCAUGAGAAAAAUAAUCAGACUGGAAAUUAAUUGUAUGCAAUAUUGUGAACUAGUGCUGUUUAGUGGAAUAAAAGAUGUCAGAUAUUGUAACACUUUCUACACUGCUGGAAGUAAAAAAUUGCAAUGUAAUGGCAUUCCAAAAUUAAAUGACCCCAUGCAACAAAGAAACGUGUUGUGUCACCAUGCAAUUCCCCUGCAAAACAAACUGUGUCCUUGAAAUGCAUUUCUGCACUUGUAUAUGUGCAUAACUGGUUUUAAGUUACCACAUGUUGUGUGUAUAUUUACCCAUAUUCAAUGCCGUUCGAAUCAGCUAAGUUAAGAGUGGUCUCAUUUAUUUGGAUUUCACACUAUACUAAAACCCUUUGGGAUGUGUAUAAAACCCUUUGGGAUGUGUAUAAAACCAUUUGUAUGUAUAUACAAAUUAAAAGAAACAACAGAUACCCUGAUUCAUUUAUUCAUGUUAUCUUCCAAAAUAAAUCAUUCCAUCAAUUCAAAAUUC